AUGAAUUGGUUUGGAAAUUACUUCUCUAAGUUUCCUGAGGAUAUUUCCUUUCUCAACACACACUCACCUCUGUUGCUUUCACUCGUAUCAUCUGAAGAUGAACAACAUUUUAUUUCCAGCUUGAGGAGCCAUGCACCAGCCCAGGCUGUGGUGAAGCAGCCUGUCCGGGGAGCCAGUGGCAAGACCACAAUCACAACGAUUGUCCAGACUGGUGGGAACUGGAGCACCGGCCUCUUCAGUGUCUGCAGAGAUAGGAGAAUUUGUUUCUGUGGUCUCUUUUGUCCCAUGUGUCUUGAGUGUGACAUCGCCAGGCAUUAUGGAGAGUGUUUUUGUUGGCCAUUGUUACCUGGGUCCACCUUUGCACUAAGAAUUGGCACCAGAGAGAGACAUAAAAUACGGGGCACGCUGUGCGAGGACUGGCUGGCAGUGCACUGCUGCUGGCCUUUUUCCAUCUGCCAGGUGGCCCGGGAACUCAAGAUGAGGACCUCCCAACUCUACGAAAUCUAUGCGGCCCCUUUGACUAACGAAAAUCUUAUCUGACAGAGCAAGAAAUCUCCUCCUCCUCACUUCCCCUCACCCUCCUCUCAAAUCCCUCUUAGUAGAGAGAUUGUUCUUAAGGUUUCACUGAAAUAGUAUGAAAAUAAAUG